GAUUUUCUUUUUCUUUCUCUUCAUCAUCAUCAUAUCAUACUACUUAUCUUAUCCACAACUUACACUUUUACAAUCACAAUAACAUUCGUUUUACUUAUACAAUUCUUGCUGCUGGCUACUGGAUACUGGCUUGUUGCCCGGCUAGUUUUGUUCUCAUUAACAUUCGUUUUGAGGAUUAAAUAUAUUUUAUCAUUAUUUUACAUUGUUGCUUCGUACUUGAAGUAGAGACUUUGUCACUCGCUGAUCGCCUAUAUCUCCAGUGCUUUUCACUCCAUCUCGAGUUGGCAACAAGUUCAUUCAAAAGUGUAGUAGGGCUGAAAGAUAAUUUUCUCUCAAUCACAUGCCUGCUUAUCAUCCACGCACAAUUCCUUGGUCUUCUUUCACCUGUAUACCAACUGAACACUGUCUUAUUUACAGGCCAGCAGCAUACUCACUUGGAAACAUUUUGCCCCUGGUAACAGCUAACAAUACAAUUCCUCUUACUCCUCCUUAUACCAUAACCCAAGUAGUCAUUAUUACUACCACGCUCUCUCCUACGGAUCCAACUCCUCAGGCAGCAUACGAUCCAUCUCCAGCGCCAACGACGAUUCCCUCGCCAAUUUUACACAUUCCUGCACUGACAACCGCAUUAAAAUCAACGGAGUCGAUAGGACUUAGAGUUCCUAUGACAAUAACGUGUUGUGGAUUUUCUACUUAUCUUGUGUCAUUCGUUCCUACCAACCGCAAGCAUUACGCUCGCCUCAACAACGUACAUGGCAAGCCCCGAAAAGUCGCCUGUUCGUCAGUUGCGUGGAGAGAACAAUAACAGAGAGAUUGGCACCACAGAAGAGGAAAAGAAAGUGGUGUCAGAAACAAGUGAAUGCAGCGAAGAAGUGGCUUCAGAAAUUGAUCAAGAAGUUCCGAGAGACAGCCCCAGGACAAUCGCCCCUGUUAGGCUCACUACCAUCGCCAGAACUAGAUACUACUCCCUUGUCAGGAUCACGUCCAGCACCAGGCCCAGCACCAGUUCCAGCACCAGCUCUAGGGCAAGCCUCAGAGCACCCCCCGUGCAACGAAAGCAGAGAAAAAUAAAAUCCUUUUUAAAAGCAAUCAAAGAGUAUUGGAAGCCAAGCGACCCAAUACCACAACGUAAUCCAGAACCACGAUCAGCAUUUUUACAACCAAGACCGGCAUUUGUACGACCAACUCCAGUAAAGCAACGGCAGAGAAAGAAGACAGGCAUUCUAAGAGCGAUCAAAGAGUAUUGGAAGCCAAGCGACCCAGAAUUACCACGCGACCCAGAACCAUCGUGGGCACAAUGGCCGUCAGAAAUGCCACCAUCAGCUCCAACACGAGCCCCGAAGCAGAAAAAAAGGAGGUCCGUCUUGAAAGCGGUUCACGAUUAUUGGAGGCCUCCGCGACCUUGAAUGCUAGGGAAUCUAAGAAUCAUAAUCCUGAUCAGUGUGUGGGGGAUGGAGCUGGAGAUACUCAGACGCAAAUUGUAGGAAGGGCAAAAAAUCCUGCACGUGUUGCUCCUGAAGUGGGAGAUUGUGCAAGUGAAAGAUUACCGUCAGUCUCUUCAAACUCGUCAAAUUCCGUCACAACGGUGGGGACUGCGUCGCAUACUGGUGCAUCGAUAUCUCAUAAUAACUUAUCUUCAAAAUCAAGAACGAGGAUGACUACUGUGUCGUCAGCCUCAAUCUCUACACUCAGUGGUUCCACUCAAAGUGGCCGUGUAGCUCGAGCCUCCUUUCGUAUGAUGCUCGGAGUAACUGACCGGCCUGCCGGUAGUGAAAAUUCUAACACGUCGAAUCGAGCACCACCAUUGAUAGUGGAUAGAAUUAUGGCUUUUACCGAUGCGAGCUCCCAACCAAACUUGAGAGAAGCAAUAUCAAUUCUCCAGGAGCCGAACGAGAGACAUUCUGAUACGGAUGGAGAGGGAAAGAAAAAGAAUCAAAGUCCAAGUUUGGAAACUUAUGAUGAAAGCAGUGAGGAAAGCGAGGCAUCGUCGAGUCAUGAUGGUUUUCCUGGAUCAGAGACUAACCAUCAUCGUCAACAGUCACCAUCAGAUCGACAAGAUGAAAAGGAUUCAGGAUUUGAGGGAAGUGAUGGGAAUUGGGAUGAUUGUGAAGAAUCACUAGAUCAAUCAGAUAAUACCAUUCAGUCUGCGCGAGAUACCAACAAUGAAAGCAAGAACACACUUGCAACCUUGGAGGUGGAAGUCAAUAUGGAAGAACUUCAUGCUGAUUGCUGGGGCUUGAAUCUCCUUGGAGGAAAAGGACAGAAAAUUAGAAAAAGGCGUGUUAAUACUUCGAAUGUCUUUGGAGAGGGUUUUAGGAGUUUGGGCCUUGCUGCUACGCAUGCAUCUAAUGGAAAGAGAAGAAAACUUUCUAACAAGGGAGAAAAAAAGGAGGAAGACGUGGAAAUGGAUAAUACCGAUGAUGAAGAUUCUGAUUCUGACAUGGAUGAUCAGGAUCAUGUUUGUGAUGUUCAACUUCGCAGCUUCAAGGGACUACUGAUGAAUUGGGACAAACUGGAGUAUACAAGGAGGCAUUGAGUUCGACACGUAUCGAUGCAGUAGAAUUUGUACAGCACAUGGGAGGCUAGUAGAUGUUGAUAUUGAGGAAGUGGGAUCUGUAAUUUUCUGUUCGAUUAAGAUAGUAGAUGGUCGAUUGUAUGUGUUAUCGUGGAAGGGAUGGGGAGGAGGAUUUGUAUGAAUUGUAUUUUAGAUGUUGAUUAGGGGGAUACAUACAUCAGCGACUAAAGUCAGCACAUCAUUAGCGAAAUAGACCAGGUUUAUACA